AUGUUCUCUAUCAUCAUAUCCAUCGUCUUCUUUCUCAACCUACCAUUGAACAAGGUCAAAGCGAAUGACGGUGGGAUCUACAUUUCCUUAUUGGACACGGAAUCCCUUUGCUUAUCUCUGGUGACCAAUGAUGUUGAACGUACCCAAGCUGUAUGGAGAGGUGCCGUAGGUUUAACCAAUUGUACCAACGCAACAACUUGGAGUUCCACUUUACACAUAGGUUCUUUGGGACCGUUGAGAAUGUGGAACGAGAAUUUCGCGGCUUUACCCGUCGAUGCAGUUGGCUUUAACGAUGUUUCUCCUACAGGUUUGAAUGCGACAAGUUACAACAAUACCGGAACUUACGCGGAUUACACUUGGCUAUGGGAAUAUACCACGGAGAGCACGAUUCAGUAUCGAAACAAUUCCAACCUUUGUAUACAAGGUGAUACAAAGACGAUGCAAGUAACACCAGCCAAUUGUUCUGGUCAACGUGAUCAACAAUGGACCUAUCGUCAGUCCCCCCAGUUAGUUUCUGCGAGCACUGUGAAUGUCAGUGAUGUUUAUGCCGAUCCUGAAGGAUUGGUCAGAUUACAUCCACUCGGAAGGAACGAUUUAUGUGUUAGCUCCUUGGCAUACCCAUCUGCAAAUGAUAACUAUAAUUCAACUCUCUUCAAAGAUCUCCAAGCUGUCACUGCUCGAUGUGUCAACAAUACUUCACCUGUUUCCGACUUUCAAUUAUUUCAAGGACCCAUAAACACAUCUUAUGUUGGACCACUGACCUUUGCCAACACAUCCGCCGGUUUCAAUUACACAAGCAGUUCUUACUGUCUUGAUGCGGGACAGAAUCCCAACGAUGGGACGGCAAUAAUGGUCCAAUAUUGCAAUUCGACCAAUACGGGUCAACAAUGGGUAGUAGAUAUUCAUAAUCAUACUAUCUCUUUGAAUGAUACUAAUCUUUGUAUGGACGCCACGAGAGGCUCGAGCGAUUUGCCAGGUGCCCAGGGUUUGUUCCAGCCGGAAUACCUGCUACAAGUUUGGAAUUGUACCAAGGCUGAUUCACGACAGAUAAUGUCCUAUUUGGUCAUAUACAUCCUUUUGGUCGCUGGAAACUCACUAUUCGUCCACGCCCACCCUACGAAACAUGACUCGACCGCGAUGAAAGUCAGGGAUCAGACCGGAUCUGGAGGGACCCAGAUCUACUUGGCUACAGGAGCGAACCAGAACAAAUGUCUGACCUCAACGACUCCAGCUGACGGAAGCUCGGCGUCGUUAUCAAUUGUGAAUUGUACUUCUGCCCAUUGGUGGGACUAUCUCCCCCAAACGACAGCCAGUGGUCCGUUGAUAGGGGAUUCCAAAGGUUGUGCUUUGACGACAUCCGGUAAUGGCUCCCUCAAAUGGGAUUGUUCCACUAAUUUCAAUAACCCCAACAUCCAGUGGAACUGGAUACGCCAAAGUUUCCUGCAAAGUGUAGCCGAUGAAAGCAAAUGUCUCACGGUGGAUUCAUCCGGAAAUGUGGUUCUGACAUGGGUGUACAGAACAUCUGCUACGUUUGAGCCAAUCACCUCUCAAGUCACUAUUAACAAUAUCUACCAGGACGACAUACAUCAGACUCUAAUCAGGGCAAUGGGGCGACCUGACUUGUGUGUCGGAGCCGUCCAUAGGGCUUUGCAACAGGCAAACGGUAGCAACAUUGCCGAUGGUUACUAUAUCAGUACGGGCUUGGGGUUGAGCGUGAACCCAUCUGCCGAUUCUCCUUCUUCAUGGUUGUUCUUUCAAUACUUCGAAAUGCCUUACCCUAUGGACUACAGCAAAGGCAACUACACGGGACCCCUAGCUUUCAACACCCACCUCGCCUUGGGAGGAGGAGGAUAUUGUGUAGACGCGGGUGAUGCUCCCUCGGAAUACUCUCAGUUGUAUACUUAUUCUUGUCAAGGGUCAAAGUCUCAGACAUUUGUAUCGGACAAUAAGACAUUGUCGAUGGAAGGUACCAAUAUGUGCGUCACGGCAACAUCUUCUGGCGUUCCUCCUGGACAAUUGGGAGAAAAGCAGCCUGAUUAUGCUCUCGUUAUGAGGACGUGUGAUGGGAGUCUUGAGCAGGUAAGACGAUGA